CUCCAGCUGCGGUCUCCCAGGUGACCGUGACUAACGGCGGUAAAUCCGACGCGCUCCACGUGUCGUGGCGUCCUGCGGCGGGCGUGGUGGACAGCUACCUGGUCCGUCUUCUGGACGGGAAGAGGGCGGUCCACGUGCUGGUGGUSUCCAGCUCCUCCCCGGCUGAGUGCUCCUUCAGCUCGCUGGUUCCUGGACGCCUGUACUCCGUCACCAUAGUAACCAGAAGCAGUGGGCACGAGAACACCACGGUGGUCCAGGCUCGAACACUUCCUGCAGCUGUUAACAAUCUGACGCUAGGCAACACCGGAACAACUCACCUGAACGUGACCUGGAGCCCCGCCCCCGGAGACGUGGACCACUAUGAGGUGACGCUGCUCUUUAACGACACGCGGGUCUUCCCUCCGGUGGUGUUGAGCAGCGGCGAGCGACAUCACCUGCUCACCUCGYUGACUCCAGGACGCCUCUAUAAGAUCGUCGUGUCCACGUUCAGUGGGCCCUACCAGACCGCCCAGUUCAUGGAGGGACGCACAGUUCCCAGCGCUGUGAGGAACCUGUACCUGGUCCCUCAGCCCGGUCUCUCAGACUCUGUUGGUGGACUUCUGGUCUCCUGGACUCCUGGAGACGGAGACCUGGACCUGUACAUCGUGUCCCUGUCAGCCACGGACGGCGUUGCUGUUGAUUCUCGUGCCGUCCCCAAACACAUUUCCUCCCUGGACUUCCUGGAUCUGAUCCCAGGCCACGCCUACACCGUCACCAUCCAAUCGCUGAGCGGGAAGCUGACCAAUAGGAAGACAGCUGCAGGUCGAGCAGCCCCGGCGGCGGUCACGGCCCUGCAGGCGGACAGCGAGCACACCAGCCACAGCCUGGCGGUCAGCUGGGAGCGUCCUGUGGGCGUGUUCGACGCCUACAGCCUGCAGCUGCUGGACGAGGCCGGCGCCGCUCUGAUGAACCGCUCGGUGGUGGCGGCGAGUCGAGGCGAACGUCUGGAGGGUCUGACCUCGGGGAGGUGGUACCGUGUGAAGGUGGUGACGCUGAGCGGUGGCGUCUCGUCUCUGUCCGCCRCCACAGCAGAGGGACAAACACGUCCAGCUGCGGUCAGAAACCUGACGCAGUCCUCGGUGAACUGCACCUCCCUCAGCUUCACCUGGCGUCCCUCAGAGGGACACGUUGACGUCWACGACCUGUCCCUCUACAGCGUCUCUGAGGCGCCGGUCCAUCACAGCGCCACAGGAAGCAGGAAGGACCAUCAUCAGGCUGCAGGUGAGCUGGUGGGCCGGCAGAAGGCGGGUCCAGGUGAGGACAGCUGCGUCUUCACAGGUCUACAGGCAGGAAGUCUUUACAGGCUGCAGGUGGUGAGCUGGAGCCGAGACAUGAGCAGCGACUCAUCUGUCCUCGCCAGAACAGCGAGGACAGGGACGCUGCAGCAACUACCAGGUGGUCUUGUUGGACGUGUCUGGAGCCAGGCUGGGGGAUCAAACCCUCGGCACGGAGCACCUAAGCCACACCUUCUCUGGUCUGACCCCUGGUAGGCGGUACCGCUCUGAGGUCAUCACUCACAGUGGAGAGCUGACCAAUAGCGUUGCAGCUUUCGGUCGCACCUCUCCAGAACCGCCCACUCACCUGUCAGUCAAACAAGGUCUGACCAAUGACRUGGUAGAGCUGUUGUGGUCAGGCCCCGCCUCCGGAGAGUACGAUAACUUCAGCCUGCAGUGGACGCCGGAGGACCAGCUGUCCGUCACGCAGACUCACCUGACCACACGCCUGGUGGGCGGGAUGUUCCCCGGCAGGAAGUACAACUUCACUGUGACGACUGUCAGUGGGGGCGGAGCCAGAGGCGGGCCCGUGGUCAGGAGUCAUCCAAUCCAGAAGAGCGUUAGGACAAGUCCUCCAGUCCCGCCCCCCAGCGUUCGUGUCAACGAGAAAAUGUCCAAAAUGACGUCGUCCUCCAUCUUGUUCCGCUUCAACUGCUCCUGGUUCAGCGACGCCAACGGCGCAGUGCGAUACUUCGCUGUGAUCGUGGCCGAGUCCGACGCCAGCGAGGUCCUGCAGCCGGAGCAGCGCCACCCGCUGCCGUCGUACCGCGACUACAUGGCCAACGCCUCCGUCAGAGCCUAUCAGACGGCGUACUUUCCAAGUCGCUGUCCGCAGGACGCCGACAGCGCCGCCGGACAGGUGGUGGAGGUGAACCUGGGCGCCGGAGGAGAGCGACUGGGCGGGGCCUGCGACCGUUACCACGAYGACGACCUCUACCAGAGGGACAGCUACGGCGGCUUCUGUGACGGACCACUGAAAGCCAGAACGUCCUACAGGCUGAGCRUCAGAGCGUUCACCAGACUGCUGGAGGAGCACAGGGAGGUCCCAGAGCCGCUCUUCUCAGACACCUACCUGUCCACGCCCCUCAGGACGCACGCAGAACCUCUGGGGGGCGUGGUGGAGGGGCUGAGCGCCGGGAUGUUCCUGCUCGGGGUGAUGGUGGCCGUCGUGUCCCUGCUGGUUUACAGACAGAGGCUCCGCAAAGUGGCGGUGCAGGAGAACCCCGUGGUGAGGAUGAGCAUGUGGAAGGAGGUCCCAGCUUCAGGAAUGUAUCUGGGAGUGAGGAGUAAUCGUCGCGUCACCAGUCCCAUCAAAGUUGGACACUUUGAGUCUCACCUGAACAAACUGCUGGCCGACUCCAACUACCUGCUGUCAGAGGAGUUUGAGGACCUGAAGGACGUGGGCCGGAACCAGACCAUGGACGUGGCCCGGCUGCCGGAGAACCGAGGAAAGAACCGCUACAACAACAUCCUGCCAUGGGAACAACUACCGCAGGGAGUACGUGGCCACUCAGGGCCCGCUGCCCGGCACCAAGGAUGAUUUCUGGAGGAUGGUGUGGGAGCACGGUGUGCACAACAUMGUCAUGGUGACGCAGUGCGUGGAGAAGGGACGGGUGAAGUGUGACCAGUACUGGCCCRCAGACAAAGACCCCCUGUACUACGGAGACCUGGUGAUCCAGAUGUUGUCGGAGUCCGUCCUGCCMGAGUGGACCAUCAGAGAGUUUCGGAUCACCUCGGAGAGCAGCAGCAGCUACCCUCGGGUUCUGCGACACUUCCACUACACCGUGUGGCCCGACCACGGCGUCCCCGACAGCACCCAGUCCCUCAUCCAGUUCGUCCGGACGGUCCGGGACUAUGUGGACCGGUCUCCCAGUACCGGAGCCACCGUGGUCCACUGCAGCGCUGGAGUCGGCCGCACCGGGACCUUCAUUGCUUUGGACCGGGUUCUGCAGCAGCUGGACUCUAAAGGAACCGUCGACCUCUACGGCUGCGUGUUCGACCAGCGGCUGCACCGGCAGCACAUGGUCCAGACCGAGUGUCAGUACGCCUUCCUGCACCAGUGUGUUCGAGACGUGCUGAGGGCCCGCAAACAUCGCAGCGAGCAGGAGAACCCUCUGUACCCCAUCUAUGAAAACUUCAACCCUGAGUACUGCCGCGAUUUUAUCUACAACGGACGCUAAAGAGACGAACAGGAAGUUCCUAAAACCACCGGAUGUUUCAUCCUGUCAGAAACUGAGUCUCUUCCUGUGGUGAAGAAUCAGAGAAUAAAAAAUAAAACUUUGAGAUUAUCAAGAAUGUAUUUUUAAAAUCAAAUCCAAAGCAGGAUCAACAAGAAUUAAGUAUUCAGUCUGAACUGUCCCUUUAAAACUUGCCUCCCACAUGCUGGACAGGUAAGAURUUUACUCCUCUGAUGAUCUGAAAUCAAGCUUUAAAGGAACUAAAUUAGURAACACAGUCAGCUGAUGCUCAGUGUUUUGUUUACAUUGAGUGCAGACCUACAUUUGAGCGUAGCUUUAAACUACUGGAGUAAACUCAAACUUUCUAAUCUGAUGAAAGCUUUAAUCUCAGAUCAGCUGAACGUGAACCAAACUUCCUGAGUCCAGGUGUUUUACCUGAUUAUUCCUGAGAUCCUAAUCUAAACCUGMCCUUUUCAUUAAUCUGUGGAAACAAAGCCAUGAAUGUUUCUAAUCUCACUGCUUCAUAUAAGCUGAUUAUUUAAAAAAAACACGAUGCUGUUUGUACAUAUUGAUGUAAUACUCGUUAUACUCAUGGUUUGUACUUCGAUCAGGUAUUUUUACUGUUUAAUAUGAAAACUUUUACACUAAACUUUCUGUUCAACUCAAACUGUUUUACAUUUUUAAUAAAAACAUAAAA